AUGACAGCUCUUAGUUUUAAAAAAAUAUUUGAAAUACUUGAACCAUUAACCCGUACAUUACAAGCUCGUGACAUAGAUAUUUUAGCAGCGAUGUAUUUAGUUAAUAGUGCUAAAGAGUCCAUAGUGGCACUGAGAACUGAAGAAACAUUUGAAAAUAUUUUUAUAUUAGCUAAAGAAUUUGAUGAUAAGUAUGAGAAUGAGGAAUUUGAGCUAUUGCGGACAACAAAAAAACGUAAAGUUAGAAAAAUGGAUGGGGAAUUAUGUAGUGAUGAAGUUGAACAAAAUCCUAUUCAAAAGUUUAAGGUAGAUACUUAUUUUGUAGCAUUAGAUAUUAUUAAGACACAAAUUAGUCAAAGAUUUACUAAUAAAACUAUUGAAGUAAUGAAAGAUUUUGCUUUAUUAUCAAUCAAACGUAUAAAAGCAUUAAAAAAAAAACCCUAA